UACGUGCAUAGACAAAAAGACGUGAUACACGAUUGUUUACAGUAAACAUGAGAAUUAAGACAUUUAUUGUGAAGCUUAGUGACAUUUAAUUUUCUUUUAUUUCUAUUAAAGAAACUGAUUGAACAUGCAGGUCUCCGAUCCUAACAACAUUAAGAUCUACAAUCUUAGUGCUGGGAAGUCAUUACCAGAUUGGCUGUCAGACCGAAAGAGAAGAGCUCUUCAAAACAAAGAUGUCGAUAUCCGACGCAGGAUCGAACUCAUCCAAGACUUCAGCAUGCCUGGUCUCAGCACCACGGUCAAGAUGUCGCCAGAUCUGCAGUACAUUGUCACAACUGGUAUAUACAAGCCUCGGGUUCGCUGUUACGAAGUCAACAACUUGUCAAUGAAAUUUGAAAGGUGUUUUGACUCUGAAGUUGUCAACUUUGAAGUACUUUCAGACGAUUACAGCAAAAUAGUCUUCCUCCAAUGUGAUAGAUACGUAGAGUUUCAUGGACCUGGGGGGAGAUACUUCCGAUUGCGGAUACCAAAGUUCGGCAGAGACUUAAAGUAUCAUUUUGCUACUUGUGACUUGUACUUAGCGGGAACUGGGAAGGAUAUUUACCGACUCAACCUGGAGUUGGGUCAGUUUCUGACUCCGUUUGAGAGUGAAGCCACCGAGAUAAACAAGAUAGCCAUCAACGGACACCAUCGGCUAGUUGUGGUGGGGACGAGGGAGGGGAGAGUCGAGGCGUGGGAUCCUCGGACGAGGGGAAGAGUGGGAGUCCUCGACUGCGCCCUUAACUGUGUCACACCGGACACAUCACCCGAGAUGUCAGGGUUCCCGUCAGUGACAGCCCUAGAGUUCAGUGGCUCGUUGGGUCUGAGCGUCGGCACAGCGACAGGUCAAGUGUUACUGUACGACCUCCGCUCUGAUAAACCUCUCCGAGUCAAAGACCACAUGUACGGACUACCGAUACGCGACGUCGCUCACUCCGGGGAACAUGUGCUGAGCAUGGAUUCAUCUGUCGUCAAAAUAUGGAACAAGGACACGGGAGUGUUGUUCACAUCUAUAGAAGCUGGGAACCUGACACAGUUCAACAGCCUGUAUUCUGUGCCUAACUCUGGGCUCAUGUUUAUUGCCAACGAGGCGCCCAAAGUUCAAACUUACUAUAUCCCUAGCCUGGGCCCUGCACCAAAGUGGUGUGGAUUCCUGGACAACUUGACUGAGGAAUUAGAAGAAACAGUGAUGGAGACAGUUUAUGACGACUACAAAUUUGUCACUAAAAAUGAACUUGAAGACCUAGGAUUAUCGCAUUUGAUUGGUACAAACCUUCUUAGAGCAUAUAUGCAUGGAUAUUUCAUCGACAUUCGCUUGUAUCGCAAAGCUAAGUCAGUGGCUGAACCUUUUGCUUUUGAAGAAUACAGAAGAAAGAAGAUCAGAGAGAAGAUUGAAGAGGAGCGUAAAAACCGAGUACAGAUUCAGAAACUACCUCAAGUCAAUAAGGAUCUUGCUUUGAAAUUGAUUAACGACGUCACUGAUGAGAAGAAAAAGAAGAAGAAGAAAACUGGAGACUUGUUGGAAGAUGAUAGGUUCAAACAGCUGUUUCAGAAUCCUGACUUCCAAAUUGAUACAAACGCUGAAGAAUACAGACUUCUCAAUCCUGUCUUGUCUCGUCUGGACAAAUCAAAGGCCAAAGAGUUGAAGAAGAAAUACUUGGCCGAACAGUUUGAACCUGUUGAUGAUGAAGAAGAAGGCAAAGCAAGUUCUGAAGGUGAGAGUUUGGAAGACUCGAGUUCUGAAGAUGAUGGAGAACUUGCGAAGGAAAUUCGAAAGACACAUAAAUUAGUGAAUAGAGAGAGGAGGCAGAAAGAAUGGGAAGAACGAAAACAACAAGAAGAGGAAGAAGAAGCUGAAGGAGGAAAGAAACAAAGACAGCCCAAGUUCUACGAGUUAAGAGCGGGAGAAGAGUUUGGCGGAGUGGUUGGAGGAAAGAAGCAUAGAGUUAACAAGGCAAGUCUCGAAGAAAGAUUACGACAAGAAUCGCAACACAACGUCCGAGUUCUGUCCACCGGGAACAGAGAAAUGACAUUUACUUUGAAGAAGAAAGGGAUGAAGAACACACAGUCGAUGGCUAAACACCACGAGGAGCGUAAGAAACUAAUGAGGCCUCCGCCCAAAGGCUUGACGAAAUCAAAAUUCUUCUCCGGUGUAAAAAAAAGGAGAUAACCUGAUAGUGUUUGUAUAUUUUUUAUAAAGUUUUUAUAUCUGUAAAUAAAUGCUAAAUGUUUA